UUCAUUUACAGACAAUGCUAAUGAGGAAGAGUUGGAAAAGAUCAAGUAAGUUUCAGACCCAGAGCAUACGUCUGUCGGACCUUCACAGAAAAGCUCAGCUAUGGAGAGGAAUAGUUAGUAUCACUUUGAUUGAAGGUCGCGAACUCAAAGCCAUGGAUCCAAAUGGGCUCAGCGAUCCCUAUGUGAAAUUCCGUUUGGGACAUCAGAAGUACAAGAAUUAUGCCAAAAACAUUGAAUCCUCAGUGGAGGGAACAGUUUGACUUGCAUCUUUAUGAAGAACGAGGUGGGAUUAUUGACAUUACAGUGUGGGACAAAGAUGCUGGCAAAAAGGAUGACUUCAUUGGCAGGUGUCAGGUUGACUUGUCAACCCUUAGCAAAGAGCAGACUCAUAAACUGCAGUUGCCUCUGGAGGAAGGGGAAGGCUAUCUGGUGUUGCUGGUCACCUUGACUGCCUCAGCUACAGUCAGCAUCUCUGACCUCUCAAUCAAUGCCUUGGAGGACCCAAAGGAACAGGAAGAAUUACUAAAGAGAUAUAGUCUAGUACGGAUGUUUCAUAACAUAAAGGAUGUAGGAUUUCUCCAGGUGAAGGUCAUCAGAGCAGAAGGUUUGAUGGCAGCUGAUGUUACAGGUAAAAGUGAUCCCUUUUGUGUUGUUGAGUUGAGCAACGACAGACUGUUGACCCACACAGUAUACAAGAACCUUAAUCCUGAAUGGAACAAAAUCUUUACCUUCAAUAUUAAAGAUAUCCACUCAGUUCUUGAAGUGUCAGUUUACGAUGAAGAUCGAGAUCGGAGUGCUGACUUCCUGGGCAAAGUGGCUAUACCAUUGCUGUCCAUUCAAAAUGGUGAACAGAAAGCCUACGUCUUGAAAAACAAGCAGCUGACAGGGCCAACAAAGGGGGUCAUCUAUCUUGAAAUAGAUGUGAUUUUUAAUGCUGUAAAAGCCAGCUUACGAACAUUAAUGCCCAAAGAACAGAAGUAUAUUGAAGAAGAGAACAGAAUUUCCAAACAGCUUCUUCUAAGGAACUUCAUGCGUACAAAGCGUUGUGUUAUGGUACUCAUAAAUGCUGUCUACUAUAUAAACAGUUGCUUUGACUGGGAUUCACCACCAAGGAGUCUUGCUGCUUUUUUGCUCUUUCUCUUUGUGACUUGGAAUUUUGAGUUCUACAUGAUUCCUCUGGUCUUGUUGCUAUUGUUGGUGUGGAAUUACUUCCUGAUCAUAUCGGGCAAGGAUAAUAGACAACAUGAUACAGUAGUGGAGGACAUGCUAGAGGACGAGGAAGAAGAAGAUGACAGAGAUGACAAGGACAGUGAAAAGAAAGGCUUUAUGAACAAGCUUUAUGCCAUCCAGGAAGUCUGUGUCAGUGUCCAGAACAUCCUUGAUGAAGUGGCUUCCUUUGGAGAAAGGAUAAAGAAUACAUUCAACUGGACUGUUCCAUUCUUAAGCUGGCUGGGCAUUGUUGCCCUCUCUGUGUUCACAGUCAUCCUGUAUUUCAUUCCACUGAGAUACAUUGUCCUUGUCUGGGGUAUCAAUAAAUUUACAAAGAAGCUUCGAAGUCCAUAUGCAAUUGAUAACAAUGAACUACUCGAUUUUCUUUCCAGAGUUCCUUCAGAUGUGCAAGCGGUGCAGUACCAAGAACUGAAACAAGACUCUACCCACAGUCCAAGUAAAAGGAAGAAAAACAAUCCUGGCUAGCCAAUUCCAUGUGCUGGAGAGACUGGCAUCUGUUUGAGGAGAAAAUAAGACACAAAGCCCAAGACCUAAGGAGCAUUUCCUCUCUCACAGCUUUAUUUAUUUUUCCUUUUAAUCAUAAUAGGAAAAAGUGUAAAUACUGUAUACAGGGAUUUAUUUGUGAAAAUACAGUGUCAGUUGUACAGAAAGCAGUUGAAAGCAAUGUUCAAACCUAGCUUGUGCCGAAGCUUUGUUAGAUGAAAGAGUCCAUUUGUAGCAUGAAAAUGAAAUGGUAAGUGAGAGACACAUAGGACUAGAAAAGAAAAAGAUGUGUUAAAU